AAACUGUAUAUUUUUUGCCAGAGAUUUCAUCGCGCCGUGGGAGGAAGAACACACGAAAUGGAAUCAAAUUGUUAAUUAAAAAAGUUGAAUCCUCCAGGCGCAGGCUCAGCCUCCUCUCCAAUUCGAGACAAGGAGAGAGCAAUGGCCUCAAAAUCUGAGAAAUUUUCGGCGGAUUUCGUGAUGGGUGGGGUCGCUGCGAUUGUGGCGAAAAGUGCAGCGGCGCCAAUCGAGAGGGUGAAGCUUUUGUUGCAGAAUCAAGGGGAGAUGAUAAAGAGAGGACACCUUAGGAACCCAUAUCUCGGAAUCCAUGACUGUUUCACAAGGGUUUUGAGAGAAGAAGGUCCCUUGUCCCUUUGGAGGGGAAAUCAGGCUAACGUUAUACGAUAUUUCCCUACCCAGGCUUUCAACUUUGCGUUCAAAGGUUACUUCAAAACAAAAUUUGGGCGCUCAAAGGAGAAUGAUGGAUACGUCAAGUGGUUUGCUGGAAAUGUUGCUUCAGGAAGUGCUGCAGGAGCAACUACAUCUUUGUUUCUGUAUCAUUUGGAUUAUGCACGCACUCGACUAGCCACAGAUGCAAAGGAUUGUGGCGGUAACGGUCAGCGCCAGUUUAAAGGGCUUCUGGAUGUCUACAGAAAAACCUUUUCGAGUGAUGGAAUUGUUGGACUUUACCGAGGAUUCAGUGUUUCAAUCAUGGGAAUCACUUUGUACAGGGGAUUGUAUUUUGGGAUUUACGACACUUUAAAGCCACUUGUUUUGGUUGGGCACUUUGAGGGAAGUUUUUUUGCUAGUUUCUUAUUGGGGUGGAGUAUCACAACCUUUUCUGGGGUAUGUGCUUAUCCUUUCGACACUUUGCGACGGAGAAUGAUGCUUACCUCUGGACAAACCCUGAAGUACCGUAGUCCUUUCCAUGCAUUUUCAGAGAUCAUUCGCGUUGAGGGUAUUACCGCUCUUUUUCGAGGAGUAACUGCCAAUAUGCUUGUUGGUGUUGCAGGGGCUGGGGUUCUUGCUGGUUAUGAUCAACUGCACGAAAUUGCAUGUAGACAUGGUUACUCCAUUGGGCCACAUCAAAUAGCCUCAAAAUGACUGAAAGUCUGAAAAUGGAGAUAUAUAGCUUCUAUUGUUUCCUGGUUCAACCUCAACAUUAAGCAUUGCAGACUUGAAAAAGGGAGAAGAGAAGAUGUUGAUCCACUGGAAAAGUGUCCUUCCGGAAUUGAAGGCAUUGUCUGUGUAUAAUCCAAAUACGUUCAUCUACAUUUGUUGGUUUUUUAUGUAAUUGAUGAAUUCAAGUUGAAAAUACAGAUUGAAGGACACACUUAACAAGUUUCUGUUCCAUUUUA